AUGGCGUCGUUGGAGAAUCUGAAUGAUAAGAUCUCUGUUUUUAAGAAGCUCAAAGCCAAAUCUGAUAAUAAGAUUUGUUUUGAUUGCAAUGCGAAGAACCCAACAUGGGCUUCCGUUACUUACGGGAUCUUUCUCUGUAUCGAUUGUUCAGCAGUUCAUCGGAGUCUCGGCGUACACAUCAGCUUCGUUAGGUCUACCAAUUUGGACUCAUGGAGCCCUGAGCAGUUGAAGAUGAUGGUGUAUGGAGGAAACUGCAGGGCACAAAUCUUCUUCAAGCAGCACGGAUGGAGCGGAGGAAGUAAAACCGAGGCUAAGUAUACUUCGAGAGCUGCUGAGUUGUAUAAACAGAUUCUCGCUAAAGAAAUUGCUAAAAGUAACGCUGAGGAAUUGGAUUUGCCUCCAUCUCCUGAUUCUACUCAUCCAACACAACUAGUCCUCCCCAAUGGUCUCUCCACCAUCAAAACUAGUGAAGCUUCUAAAGAGACUAAUACUCUAAAGCAGCAAGAAAAGCCCGAGUCGCCGAGAGUUGCUCGGUCUGUUAAGAAACCUCUUGGUGCAAAGAAGACAGGUAAAACUGGGGGACUUGGCGCUCGAAAGCUAACUACUAAGUCGAGCGAGACUCUUUAUGAUCAAAAGCCAGAGGAAUCUAUUGUUAUACCGGCGAUUUCCUCAGCUAAUAGUACACCAUCAGCUAAAUCAGCCAGUUCUUCGUUUUCCUCUCGGUUUGAUUACGUGGACGGUGUUCAAACUAGAGAACAGUACAUGAGCAACGGCCCUCAAGUGGUUAGUCAUGUAGCUCCACCAAAAUCAACGGGCUUCUUCGAAGAAUUCGAGAUGAAUGGAGGCGGGUUUCAGAAGAAACCAAUGACAAGUUCCUCAAAAGUUCAAGAAACAGAUGAAGCUCGGAAGAAAUUCACAAACGCGAAAUCGAUAUCCUCUGCUCAGUACUUCGGAAAUGACAACAACGCCGCGGAUCUUGAGGCUAAAACUACAUUAAAGAAGUUCUCCGGUUCAUCAGCAAUCUCUAGUGCUGAUCUGUUUGGAGACGGUGACGGAGAUUUUCCUCUGGAUCUCUCCGCCGGUGAUCUUCUCAACCGCCUCUCUCUCCAGGCUCAACAAGACAUGUCAUCAUUGAAGAACAUGGCAGAGGAGACAAAGAAGAAGCUCAGCUCUGUUGCCUCCAGCUUAUGGGUCUGA